AUGUGUGCUACCUAAUGAAAAAUUUUCAAAUGUUCUGGCGUUGAGCAAUUCGCUCCUGUAAACGUGCCGUUUCUGUAACCAAGAGAGGAAAACUCAGAUGGUCCCAUGAGCCCUAUAUAUUACCAUGCACAACGUGUUUUACCUUCAGUGAAAGGCGAGAAGGGGUGCGAUUGGCUGUCGAUUCCGAGAGCAGCCCAGAUCCACGAUACAAAACCAAAAGAACUGCCCCUCGCAACUACCACUACUCUAUAACAGUGAGGUGGAGAGGCAAAAAAAUAACUGAAAUAUAACCGACUGCCUGAGUACUUUGACACCGACUAGGCUGUAACUCAUCAUUGGUAGCAGCGAGCUUCUGGAAGACAAUCACACUAUUCCGUGCGGCCACUGUGUUCGUAGCCUACACGAUUACCCUACACUCUCUUUCCAGGUGGGCUAAUGAAAACUCGCCUGAGAUAGAAGAGCACUUUGGAAACCCACUUUGCUCUAAAGCUUCUGUCGUGACUUGUCAACUCUACUUUCGAUUCGAAGUAUGGCUGGCUGUCAACAUUUAUUCGUCCUUUUUAUCGGAUGGAGCUAUCUAUGCGGUGGAUAUUGCGCGAUGCUGAAAGAUCAUUUCAUCGAUCUGAAGAGACUGGCGCAUUCGGGGCAUUUUGGGGACACUCUGGAUAAGGAUCACUCAGUCAAGGAUGAACACGAUCUGCAUUUACAGGAUACAGUGUCGGAGCACAUGCAGAUGCUCUACGAGAAAUACAACAGAGCAGGUUUUCAAUUCAUGGACGGAAACACGGUUCGCAGUUUUAAAGCUCACUGGGGUACAAUCAAUGGUAAGCAGCUGCAGAUCUUUAAUCUGACAUCCCUGACCAAGUCAGAAGACGUGCUCUCGGCUACUCUGCACUAUUACAUAGGAGACCUGCAGAACGGCACCCACGGAUGUGCAAGCCCUAAGACCUGCCAUCGUCAUGGCCCGCGAAAACAGGGCCACAUUCAUCUGGACGUGUGGAGUUUCGCCUCAGUGGAUAACAACACGAGGACUCUGGGACACUUUCUCAUCAACGUCUCCACGCUCCACCGGGACUUCAUAUCCUGGCAGUGGAGGGAUAUUACGCGGGUCGUCAACCGGGCCAAGCACCACGACGAGCUUCUGAUCGGCAUCGCCGUGUCAUCGCGGGGGCGGCGGCCCUGGAAGCAGCUCCUCUCCGACCGCUCCCCGUACGUCCUGGUGUACGCCAACGACUCGGCCAUCUCCGAGCCCGAGAGCGUGGUCUCCACCCUGCGCCGCCACAAGGGGGCGCUGGCCCCCGGGCUCCACAGGCUGGGGGCGCGUGCGGCUAACGGCACGGCGCAGCAGCAGCAGCGGCGGCGGGCGAGGCGCUCCGCCAACGUCCUCCUCCCCCUCCAGAACAACGAGCUGCCCGGGCCGGAGUACCCGUACGAGACGCCGGGUUGGGAUGAGCCCGGCCCCUACGACCCGCUGGAGGACAAGCCGGCCAAGCGCCCCAGGAAGAAGCCGCGCAAGAACCAGCGCCACAAGGUGCCGCUGCUGCAGUUCGACGAGCAGACUAUAAAGAAAGCGCGCAAGAAACAGUGGAACGAGCCGCGGAAUUGUGCCCGCAGGUACCUGAAGGUGGACUUUGCGGACAUCGGCUGGAGCGACUGGAUUAUUUCCCCCAAGUCCUUCGACGCCUACUAUUGUUCAGGCUCUUGUCCGUUUCCUAUGCCAAAGUCCCUGAACCCCUCGAACCACGCCACCAUCCAGAGCAUCGUGCGGGCCGUGGGCGUGGUGCCGGGGAUCCCCGAGCCCUGCUGCGUCCCCGAAAAGAUGUCCUCCCUCAGCAUCCUCUUCUUCGACGAGCACAGCAACGUGGUCCUCAAGGUCUACCCCAACAUGACCGUGGACUCCUGCGCUUGCAGAUAAUACAGGGACACAGCCUGGUGCCCUCCCCUCGAGAGCCCCUUUUGCACUGGAAGACAGACUACAAUUCCCAUAGCUAUCUAACUAUUCAAAGAGUAUGUGAACAAGACAGCCAAGACUGUGUACUGUUUUUGGAGCCAGAAGGUCGACCAUUCUCCCUGAUAGAACAGUGCAGUGGGCUGUCUUUAUCUAUCAGUCACGCAUACAGGAUGGAUGGUCAGUCCACUAACAUCACCUGCUCAUUGUCAUUGACACAACGCAAAGCAAUUUCACAAGAACAUGCAAGACAUACUAUUGGUCUUUUGUUUCCUUUUUUUGUAAUAAUGGAGGCAUAAACUGAAUCGGUUAUAAAAGAAAAUUUGAAAUGCCUUCUCUUCUGUAUAUUGCUGGAGAAAAGAAAUCAGUUGGAGGCAACUGUGCCGAGAGCUUAAAGCGAGUCCUCUGUUGUAGCCUCUUCCUCUCCUGCAAGAAACACGUCUGACUCUGCUCAAGCCCCUGGAAUUCCAUUGACGUAUCUUUAGCCAAUUGGCAAACUCUGCCGCCUCGUUUUGCUGACACUUAUGCAUGAAAAUUCACCUGGCGUGAACUUUUUCUGCGUUCCUCCUCCUUUGUCAUCUUGCAACUUUACUUUUGCGUACUGUUACAUUGCAGUAAUGUACGAUUCUCUCUUAUCAAAUAGUUUUGUAUGUGCUAUCUAUGAAAUUCAUGGUAAAGUAUUCCUACGGCUGCUAUAUCAAGAUAUAUUUGAUCGCAAAGACUAAAUGUGGUUUUAAAUGCGUUUACAAUAAGGUAGCCUUUAGGUGAUCAGUAUAUGUGGUUAUGUUAUGAUGCUUUUUGUUUCUCAAAUAUACAUGUAUCCAGCAGAAACUGAUCCAUGGUGUGGAAUAGAGAGGAAGGAAUGGUAAAGCAUCAGCAAUGCAGAACUGUGUAGCAGUCUGCGUGAUUAAUUCCCCACUUUCUCUCCACAUGUAUCUGUGAAUGAUGGGAUAGCUUUCGGUCUUAGCUUUCAUUCAUACCUGCCUGUUUCUCACACUGACAUAUAUGAAUACAAACUGUACAAUGUGCAACUUGCACACCAUUGUAGACUGAUCAGCCCCUGAACUCAAAGGAACAAGCAAUAAAAAAUGAUAUAUAAGGCUACACAAAAUAAAUAAUAGGACUAAAUACGAUGUUGAAAUUGGUGUCGAGGAAAUUGCUUGGUGAUAAUAAAUCUUUAGUUACUGCUUUUUUAUAAAGGGAAUUACAAGAUUUACGUGUUUUUUUUUUUUUUUGUUUGUUUGUUUAUUCUUGUUAAACAAAGGAAUUACCAGAGGAAACUUUUGUCAAUUUUUUUUUUUUUUUACUAUUUUCUAUUUUUCUAUGUACAUGAUGUGAAUAAAUACAUAGCAUUUAUAUGAUACGAAUGACAGGUAUAUAGGCACAUUAUAUUGCUAUACUGAAUGGAACUGCCCAGCCUUCCUAAAUGUCCCAACACUUUUCUCACUUCAUGGUGCCCUGCUUGCUUAGAUAUUUGUGAUGCAGUCAUUGCUAGCAUACCCUCUUUGAUGAUAAUCAUUGGAAUUAUAAAGAGUAAAGGAGACAGGAUUCAUUAGUUUUAAACAAGGCAUAACACAAAGUGUUGAAGUCCUUAUGACUCAUCCUAUGUCCAAUUUAACACUUUCUAUGAACUGCUCAGUAUGUAACUCCUUCAUAAGAACUACAUAGCACAUUCAUAACCAUUCAUAAACAUUCAUAAAAUGCUUAUGUUAGCAAAAUAUGGUGUGUGCUUUUUGGAAUAAUAUGGUAAUGUCGUAAUUGCACCCAAUGUUUGUGGCUAUUGACAUAAUCUUGUAUUAGUGUUUAUGUAUUGUCUUUGAAGGUGCCAUACCUCUUGUGAAGAAUUUAUAAGUUAUAACAUGGCAUUUAUAGAAAUUGUUACACAGAUUUCUCAUAUUUGUAAUUGGGUGUGAAUGGGUGUUAUCUUUUGGAUGAAUCCAUUUCAGUCUCAUUUGGAAGAAUUAUUGCUGAAUGAAUUUCAAACUACACAUAUGCAGCACCACUACUUGACUGUAUGCCAUAGUGUUUGUUUUGCUUAAGGGAAACUUUGUCUGCUGCAUAGUGAUACCAGCAUUAAAAUUAAUUGCUCUUCAGUAAGUACAUAUAUAAUGAAGGUAAUAUACCAUAUAUUUAUUUUUGAAAAGUUAAAUAAAAUUUAGAGGGUAACACAUUUUAUAGAUAUGUAUAUUGGUUUUGUGUAUAUAAUGUAUGUCUAAAAUGAUAUUUGUAUGCUUACUUGUCUCAAAGGUGGAAACACGUUUGUAUUUUUGUUUUUAUUACCAAAUGUUUAAGUCAAAAAUUAAGUAAAAAUUGUGUGAAGGCUAUCAUAUAAUAUUUGAAGUCCAAUGAUGAUUUAAAAAAAUAAAUGAUCACAUUGGAGAAAAAAAAACAUAUUUUACAUUUUUAAAGUGGGUAAUAUUUUAUUUUUCAGAACUUAAGAGUUUCAUUUUUGUACUGUUCCUGUCAUAUUUUCAAUGGGGAAAAAAUUGAAUGGCUUCAUUGUGUUGCAUUUUAAAAUUCAGUGUAGUAUUUGAGACUAUUUCACUGUAUGUUAUGUUUUUAUGGUAGACAAUCAUAUUGUUUUUGAGAGUAACUGUAUACACUAAAUGGUUGUUUUAUAUGCACGGGACAAUUUUGUAUUCCUGUUCAUCAAUUUUGACAGUUUGCAACUUCGACAAAUUCCAAUCCAGUAACAUAUUGUUGUGAUGAACAAUUCUUUGCAACACCACAUUAUACCAAAUGGCUAUUUACCCAUUAAAAAGGAUUUAUGCAAAUUUAUAUAAGGAGGCAUGUGGGAACAUUUUAAAUAGGAAAGUCUGUGGAAAUUAGAAUGUAACCUGUCUUUUAUUUCAUUGCCAUCCUCCAGAUAUGGCUGGUGCAAACUUUUCAUGUGUGUAUAUUUUAAGAACUUCCUCUACCACACUGUAACACCUUUCUUGUAAAUGUUUAUGAGUAGGUCUAAAGGAAAUGCUUGUACAAAACGCCUCAUAAAAAAAUAUUUGUAUAUGGAAAGGAACUUUAAAAAUGCAUUUAUUUAUUUUUUGUAGUGGCAUUUAUUGUACUUUUUCACAAUAUAUAAAUGGCAGGCAGUGUGGAAGGAGGACUGGGGGGCGGAGAAACGGAGAGGCCAAUGUCACAUGACCCGUCAAGCUGUGAAGGGUACUCAUCACUACUGAUGUACACGCUCACUUCUCUGUAAGCACUCCACGCUUGGAGGGCUAUCGCCUUUCCCCCUUUUAUAAACCAUUCAAACGAAUAAAGUUAUGUACGUCA